CGAAUUCAUUGUUGUGUCUGGGUAUAUUUGUCGUGGUCACCCGACCUGCCGGCGCAUCGUUCGCGCUGUGGAGAAUCAAACGUCAACCUCAUCGGCAUCCAUCAAACCCAGUUGGUCAAGUUGCAUUACGCAAAGUGAGGUAAUCAAGGCCCUGCUGCGCGAACAACCGUGGACUCCACCUGACAAGCAUGGGCCUCCGCCUCACGUCCGUUCUUGCGACCCUUGGUAGAGCGGUCUGCCUUCUUACCCUUCUUACCCUUGUGGACCUUCUUCCCAGUUGCGGGAGGUGCAUCUUCGUCGCCAGGCACAGAAGUGUGAUCGUGGUCUGCGGAGCUUGCCUCAGCCACGACAUCGACGUCAGUGGCAGGGGCCUCCGUCGUCACCGUCUCACGUUCAUGAGAUUGUUCUUCGCCAGCGAUAGCACCGUCGUCAGGUGGCAGUUGAGCAGCGGGCGAGUCGAUGCUCUCCGACUCGCGUUCCUCGUCAACAUGCUCCUCGGCACUUGGUGGUCGAACAUCCGGGCUGACAGGGAUCACCUCCGCGGGCGGGUCGUCGGCAGGCUCGACAGACAGUCCGGAGUGAUCGAAACCUUGGUUGAGCUGUGUCAGUGGAGCGGCGGGCGGGUCGACUGUCUCCGCGUCACGAUCCUCGGGAACAUGCUGCUCCCCGCUCGAGGGGCGAGCAUCCCCACUGACAGAGACGUCUUCCACGGGCGGGUCGCCGGCGAGCUCGACAGAGACAACCUCCCGGGCCACUUCGGAGAGUUGCUGAUGAUCUGGCGCCUGUUGAACGCCGAUGGGGCCUUCGGCGGUGGCAGAGUUACCCGAUUGGGCGACCGUUGAAGCCUCCGAAAGUUCUUCGGAGGGUUGGUUGGCAGCGGGACUGCUGUGGACAGUGGAUCCUCCAGGCCUAGGUCCCAUGUGGCCGUUCACCGGGCGCAGCUCGAGAUCGCGGGCCUUGAGCAUGUAUUCGUCCAUCUUGUCGGCGAUGCGUUCGUUCUUGAUGUAUGUCGAUAGAUGGUCAUGCCCGCCUUUCCCUGCACUUGCACUUAGCGCAGUUAGCUAGGCUACAUUCACGAGGAACGAGGAACUUACGUGAAUUUCCGUGCACGUCCCUCUGCA